AUUGUUUACAAGUGGCGCCAGGAGGAGGCUGCGUGCACCCACCUGCAAGGUUUGUUCUCGCUGGGUGUCCUCCUCUUGCUGUCUUCUUGCACUGCUCUUACUCUCGGGUUCUUCUUGAUUUCCAAAUUAUAGUCGACUAGCAGACAUGGGUCGUCGCAAGUCAAAGAGAAAGCCACCUCCAAAGAGGAAGAAUAUUGAACCACUGGAUACGCAAUUUAAUUGUCCAUUCUGUAAUCACGAAAAGUCAUGUGAAGUUAAAAUGAAUAAACCAAGGCAUGCUGGAAGAGUUUCAUGCCGUGUGUGUCUGGAAGACUUCCAGUGUACUAUUAACUACCUCUCGGAACCUGUUGAUGUUUACAAUGAAUGGAUUGAUGCUUGUGAAACUGCAAACUGAUCGAUUCAGUUUGUGCAUUUUUUUUUAUGUUCAUCUUAAUUAUGAAAUACUGUAGUUGAGUUAUACAAUAGACUUGUUAUAGAAAUAAAGGAAUUACUUGUCAGAUUUUUCGAAUUUCAUGUGUAUUGAGAAUAUAGCCUCAUGUUUAGUAUUGUCUAAUUACAAUAUUUUAUGAAUGAGUGGAACAGAUAUUUCUAUGAAAACUGUAAGUUUCAAAACUGGAGGGUACUGUAGUUACAUACAGUCUCACUGGCUGAUGCUGUAUAAGAUACACGAUUUUAGUAAUGUCAAAAUACAAACUGUACAUAGACAUAUCUUUACAUUAUAAUGAUUAAAUGUACAGUAUUUUUUUCAUGCAUACUGUAAUGUAAUACAGUAGUUUGUAAAUUUGGCCAUUACAUUCAUGUUUUCUUAACCCAUUUAACCACAAAUAUUUGGUGGUUCUCACUUAGUCACAUUAUUCAAUAUGAAUAUACAUUUCCAUGCAUCGAACAUUUAAACAGUUUAUAUUAUCUAAACAUUCCACCAAUGUGUCAUACUGACAUAAAUCAAGAUGUUAAUAAUAAUGUUGCAACAGCUGACAAGCAUUUAGAUUAACUAUCUUGUUUAUAAGCUCAUUUGCUCUUCACAUGCACCCUUUCCCCACACUGUUUAUGAUUUAUGAAAAGUUGUUUUGAGUUCAUGUCCUAGUUUAUGGUGUUUAUUUUCAGUUGUCUGCUGAUCUUUCUCUCUUAA